AUGGGCAAUAAACUAUUGAAAAGUAAAAGUAAAAAAAUAAAUUAUACGGAACUUACAGAUCAUCAAAUUGAAAUGCUUGUUUCAACAACAAAAUUUUCAUCUCAACAAAUUCGUGAAUGGCAUCAUAGUUUUAUACGUGAUUGUCCAUCAGGUAAACUUGAUCGAAAACAAUUUAUUGAAAUUUAUCAACAAUUUUAUCCACAAGGAAAAGCAAAUGCGUUUUGUACAUUAGCAUUCAAAGCAUUUGAUCAAGAUAAAAAUGGUUACGUCGAUUUCAGUGAAUUCUUAUCAGCUAUUGCUUUAACUAUGAGUGGUGAAGUAAAAGAUCGUUUGAGUCUUGCUUUUUCAAUGUAUGAUAUUAAUGAUGACGGUACAUUGGAUAAAAAAGAAAUAGCCCAAAUCAUUAAAUUGAUCUAUGAAAUAAACGGAAAAGUAAAUCUUAAACAAGAACUUUCACCACAAGAUAAAGCUCGUAUGAUUAUUGAAAAAUUUGAUCAUGAUGGUGAUAAAAAACUUUCACGAGAAGAAUUUAUUAAUGGUUGUUUAAAUGAUUCUGAAAUACGAAAAUUACUUGCACCUUAG